ACGAACAACUGAAGUGUAUUUCAGCGACAUCUAAGAUUAUUAUUUCGAAACUUUAUAUGUUUUAAAAGCUAGAUGAUGAGAAUUACAGCUUUUCUAGCCUUGAAUGUUGUAAAGUUAGAAACGAUGCAAUGAUGGAUGUGGAUUUACUAAGACCAGGCACUGUACCGAUAUCUCCCGACACAAUUCUUUGGUUUGAAUUUUUAUUAAAUCCAUCUUUAUUAAAACAACAUUUAUCUAAAUCUUUUCCCGAUCCUUCAGCAACAGAUUUAAUAAUCAAAUUUAUGACAAUAAAUUCAGAACAAAAAGAAAAUGAAGUGAAAAUUGUUGACACAGAAUCAAAUGAUGUAAAACCUAAUACUACAAGUAAAUGGAGUCACAGAAAUCUUGCUUUGAAAAUACUUUCUUUAAAAGUAGCAGCACAUUUAAAAUGGGAUUUAGAUAUAUUGGAAAGAAAAUUACCUGUGCCUAUACAGUUGACACUAUUACAAGAUCUUUUGUAUAUAACCUCAAACUUAACUGUUGAAAUACCAGCCGUACCUGAAUUUACAAUGCAUCCAAUUUCUGACCAAGUGUUAUUUGCACUUGUUCUGUAUCAUAGGUGGCACAUAAGGGCAAUUAUUUAUAGAGCUUUAAAUAAUAAACAAUUGAAGCAACAAUUUCUUCAUAUUCCAGGUAUUCAAGAAUCAACAUAUGUACCACCUAGUAUAAUAGACGAUAUAAUGAGAAAAUUAGAAGCCCAAGUGAUUAAUAGUGUAAAUGUUUUAAAUAAUGUGCUUGAAAGUAAAGACAUAAGUCCAAAAAUGUUAUCCUUUGAUACUUUCCAAAUGUUGAGUGAAGAUAGCACAGAGAUUAAACAAAAUUGGGAAAAUAUGUAUCCUAUAAAUUUAGAGGAAUUUAAAUGUCAGAUACAUUAUGAUCUAGCAAGGUUUCAUUUAUUGAAAGAAAAAUACCAGGAAGCAAAGCAUCACAUUAUGCAAGCCAAAGAAUUGUUUUAUAAUCUCAGUAAUUCAGAGGAUAAAUUGUAUUGUAAAAUUCAAAAAGAAUUUCUGAAUGGCUGUUGCUUAGCAUGUGAAGUACCUAUAGAAGCAGUUUCUUGUAGUCUCACUCAGCAAUUGCAGGCCUCGAUUAAAGAUCAGUAUACUAAUAUAUUACAAAUUUUACAAGCAGAUAAUAUUACAAGAGAAAUUCCUUUAGUUUAUAGAAAUAAUUUGGAACUUGAUGUACAAGGAGGAUCAGUUAAUAGAAAAAUAGUAGUAGCCCGCGAUCUUUUGCUUCAAAUUCAGUGUUUAAAUUUAGUUAGAAAGAUAUUGGAUAGUGACAUUAUUCUGGGUGAUUAUGUGACAGAAAUACGAAUAGCUGGUAGCAAAGGAAUUGAUGUAUUUUUUUGGGCUCUUGGAAGUGUUUUAGAAAAAGCAACUGAUAUAGAUAAAAAACGCAUUUCCCGUUAUCUUCUUUAUCUUAUACAUACAAGUAAUAUUGAUGAACUUGCUUCCAAAAUCCUGAGCGAUCCACUGUACGUAGCAUUAUUUGAUGAGAAAGAAUUGGAAGAAAUUAGAAAAUCAGUCGAUAUUGAGAAACUAGAGUUACCAGACUUAUUGUUAAAAAAUGAUUGGGGUAUCCCAUUAGUAACAUAUACCCAAAGUUCAAGAAUAGAAAUAUUUGAAUUAGAGCAAAAAUUAAUACAGUCAUAUGCUACUAAUGAAAUUCACGAAAUAUUGAUACAUUUAGAUGGUAAACAUCGAAUGAAACCUUUAUGGCAUGUAAAUAGUUGUUGGGAAUUACCCAUUCCAUUACAAAGUGUUGUAAUGUCUCUUCCUAGAGGCUUCCUUCAAGAUUACUCAUAUGUAUUACUAGCGAAAAGUCGGGAAUUAGUAAUGUCUAAGGACUUUGAAGGAGCAAUCGAAAUUUUAAAUGUAUUAGAAAAAGAAGCACAGCAACAUUCACAAAGUGGUAACACGUUAAUAUUUAAAUUGUGUAAAUUAAUAGAUUGGGAAUGCCUUCUUGUUGAAAUUUGGCGGUGCCUUCAUGUUUGGCCAGCAACAAAUAUAUGUGAUACACAAAGUUUAGUCACGAGGUGUAAGCAGUGUCUUGGAGCAUUACAAGCAACAGAUCAAGUUAUUCCACGACAAGAAAUUAUUGAAUAUUGCAUUGUCUUUCUUUUAAAUAUGGCUGAAUGGGACUAUUUAACAAGUCUAGAAAAACGUUGGAGUUAUUCUGAAUUUGCAGCAGCUAUCAGCAGUGUUUGUCAAGAUAUUGUUAAGUACAAGGGAGGAAGAAAAUUCCCAAGAGAAGCGUGGGAUAUGGUUUUAACUGCCUUUGGACCAACUAGAGAUCAACCACAAAAACGAAGUAAUAGUGGUAAUAGUGGAACAAAUGCUGGUAGUGCUUCAAGAGAUGUUAUUGCUAGCAUUGGAGGUACUCUUAGUAGACUGCGCGAACCAAUGGUUCUUACUGUUGUUAUUUCACUAUUAGCACGCUUACGAAAUGUUUUACGCGAUGAGUCUAGCCUUGAAUUACAUACACAGUAUCUUUCUCUCUGGCCAGCUGGUAUACCAAAUGCUAAUUCUUAUAACAUAAGAACCAUAGGAGAAUUAUUGUUUCAAUUAUUAAUACAAGCUUUGAAAUAUUAUCCAAGUAAUGUUCCUUGGCUGAGACUUAUGGGAGAUCUUAAUUUUGUUCUAGGUUAUUAUGAAAGUGCAAUAAAAUAUUAUUUAGAAGCUAUCAUGGUAGCUAGUGAUCUAUUUAGUCAACCGGUACCAAGAUCACAGAUCGACGAUCUUGUUUAUAGACGUAUGAUUAAAUGUUGUGCUCAUUUACAAUGUUAUACUCAAGCUGCUGUAUUAUGCCAAUUUUUAGAGGAAGUAGAUUAUUCGUUGGCAUUUAAAAUGGCAGCCAGUGACCAAAAAAGUUGCGCUCCAGCCGAUGCAAUGGAUGCGUAUUAUCAUUGUAUUUGGGAUACUACAAUACUUGAGUAUCUGAUUCACUUACACACAAAACGCGGUGAACAUCAUAGGAAACAAUUAGCGAUUAAAGUAAUUGGUUUAUUGGAGUUGAAUUCCAAUAAUAAUGAAGAAAUACAGAGAGAAGCAGCGAAUAUUCGAAAGGCAAAAUUUUUGAGAGCAUUAGCAAAACAGUAUGUUUGUUAA